AUGUUUAAUCCCAUCCGCAAGCUCUUAAGUUUCUGGAGCGCCGCCGAUGCGAACGUCACCACAUCGUCCAACGACGCAUCAACCAAGUAUGUAGCGACUGAGAGCACAGCGUACCGGGCCGCCUGCAAUCACGCCGCACCUCCUACACGGUACGCGAGCGGCGUAUUCAACACCACACCGUCUCCGCCGCCCAAUGCUGCGCUAUCAGGGUACUUGUUCUCACAAGUGAAGAACACCAACACGUCUACAUCGAGAAUGAGGAACAUCCCGCCACCGCCAUUUCCCAUGUUUAGUGCGCCGACGGGCAACGCGACCGAAGCCGCUUCUACCACGUCGGACGACAUCGAUAUGCCAGAUGCAACGCCCGUGUCACCUCUGAUACCUGCAACUACACCUUCCCGUGAUGGUGAUGAUAUCCGGCCUUCGGUCGAGACACCAGCCGGAGAAGACGGUCAUAGUGCAGCCGCUGAAGACGAUGACACUAGCGAGCCGCGCAAUGACACGACACCACCUACAUCUCCGGAACGUGACAGUCGUACUCGUUCCCAGCCACCGCGCCAACAAAACCACCAACAGACGACACCCCCAUCAGAGCCCGCGCCAAACUGGCUAGACGAAAUCGUCAUCGAAGAAGACACCCCCGAGAACGCCCUCCCAGUCGGCUACAUGGGUACAUUCCGCGGUAGCCGGCACUUCAUCCCCGAAUACCCCGGCAUGAAACGCUGCAGCAACCAAGUCACGCACCUCCUCCUCUGCGGCCACUGGAUCUCCAGCACCGAACCCUGCGGCGCCAACUGCAAAAAACAAGACCACACCCACAAACAAUUCAAAUGCCCUACCUGCAACGACAUCGUCCGCAAUAUCCUCACGGGAUCUUUCCAACCCGCGGACUCGAUGAGGCUGAGGGAGUUCAGGAAGCAGAAAGAUAUUAAGUUUCUGGCUUGCUGUGUCGAGGUGGUUGUGAGGGCUGCACCGGAAAUUAAGAAUGGGGUUACGGAGGCUGUGGCUGGGUUUCUCUGCAAGGAUUCUGGAAGGGAGUGUGAGAAGGCGGAGAAUCCUGAUCCGAGUGGUCAUGAUAGUAUUGAGGAGAUUGUAAGGGAUAUGCAGGAGCGAUAUGAGCGGAAGCAGCGUGAGAGGAGGGCGAGAGAGGAGGAGGAGGUGAAUACGCAUGGGAAACGUGCUAGGGAGGAGGAUGCGAGGGAUGGGAAUACCGAUAAGGAAACACGCACGAACGGGGAUACACCGGGGGAGCGUAAGCGUGAGCGAAACGACGCCUCCUCGGGUGAGAACGAGACGCAGGAUACCUCACCUCCUACCUCCAAAAAGCGCAAGACGUCCCUAGAAACCCACCGCGAACCCAUCACACCCUCUACCCGUGGCACAAAGCGUCGUUCCCCGUUCUCGACCCCAUCACCUUCCCCACCACCUUCCUCCUCCUCCUCCCCCACCGCCUCACCCUUCGCCUACCUCCCCAACUUUAAACCCCCCUCCCCACCAUAUCCAUCACCACCCCCAAAGAAGAGGGUCUUCGAGAAGCCCGAUCCCGCAUUCGGCGAGGCCAGCUUCGUCAUCGCGCCGCCUCAUGUCGUCGGGCCGCUUAUGCGGAAGCGGCAUGCUGAUGUUUAUGUUGAGGGGGAUAUUGAGCGGGAGAGUAAGCGGCGGAGAAGUCAGGAGAAUGAGGCAGAGGGUGAGAGGGGGAGGGUGGGUGAGAGGGUAAGGAAGGAGAUGAGGAGGGGAAGUGGUGGUAUUACUUGGAAGGAGUUCGAGGCUUUUAGGAGGGCGUGGGAUGGUAGGGAUGAGGAGGAGGAAGAGGACUGUGAGCUUUAG